AUGGAUCCCUCCAACCACAAAGACAUUCUAACUGAACAGCUCCUACACCUCGUCGACCAGUACGAGUCGCUUGCCAACACCUCGUUUAGAACCAACUUCAUCGAUGGUUUCCUUAACCUCAGCAGAGCCAACUUCAACGGUGGUGGUUUGCGGACCUAUGGCGUCAAAGACUUUGACCUCAGAUCAUAUUUGGCCUGUAAAAACAUCAAAUCCGGCCCAAAUCUCGAGCUUGAGGACUACCUCCAACGCCAGGAACUGAAGAAACACGACAAGGAACCCGAAUACACCAAAAAGGACCAAACCACAAAACAAAACCAAAACACCGCUGUGUCUUCGAGUGUCCACCGCUCAAAGAAUGAAAGUAUCAGCCACACGGAGGAGUUUGGAAACUCGCUAUACAAAGACCCAAUUAACCAAUUCGGUGCCCUCGUGCCGUACCAAUUGAGAGAAGCACAGGCGUCUUUCAACUUGGCCCUAAUAAAUUCGGUGGAAUUGGUAAACCUCCAGAACAAAAUCUCCAGCAUCAUCAGCCAGAUCGAACAAUUAUAA